AUGCGACUCGUUCCCCCCGCGCUCACCUCCUCGCCUGCCGCGCCUUGUCCAUCCAGCAUGUCCGUCGCUGGACCUGAGGCGCGGGGGCCCUGGGUUCACUGGGCUGCGUUUACCGCACCCUUCCGGGUGCCCGUCGCUGCCUGCCAACGUCGGGGCUGGCGUCCGCUAGCCCUGCGGCCGCGGUACCUUAUCUCCCUCGUAUGUCUCAUGCUCACCAUGCUACUGUCCCUGGAGGGUUUGCGACAAUACAGCAAUCGCGAAGGGGGACUGGUUUUCUUCUACGAUACCGACGACGUCUCGGCCCCGCAGUCCUUCAGUUACAAUUAUGUCCCCAUCAUCAUUGCCCUGUUGCUUGUCAUGGUCUGGACGGUUACCGACUUCGAUGUUCUCCGGUUGGAGCCAUAUUUUCAACUGUCGCGGCCCCAAGGCGCCCCCGCGACCGUCCUGUUCAUCAACUACAACUUCGGUCAAACUAUCCUCACGCCAAUCAAUGCUGCACGUCGCCGCCACUGGGUGGUUCUCUGGGUCUCGGUGGUCACGCUGUCAAUCCGGAUGAUUCUCCCGGCGCUGCAGAGUACAGUGUUCGAGCUUCGAGCAGUCAAUGUGAUUAAUCAGGUGUCAAUGAAAAGUUGGCCGGAUCUGGUGGAUCUGGAGACACAAGCGACAUGGAUGUUGACGCAGGCCAACAACACGGCUGAUUCGCUUCUCUCCUCCUCCGCCGAGCAACUCCGCCGGUCGCGGUCCAAUGAAUAUGCCGUCGCCCCCGUGGAGAUUCCUGCGGACGCCCAGGAGGAAGAGACGCUGUGGCAGCUGGAUCAGGAAGUCUACUGGGCCCAGGUCUCAUGUGAAGAUGUGCCGCUGGACAACAAACUCUCCGUCACCGUCACAACCCCGGAGCAUGGCUUGGGGACUGUGGCGUGGAACGCCACCGGCAUCGAUCUAGACGAUGUGUAUGGAAGUGCCACCACAUGCAAGCUCGACUUCUCCUACGACAGCGUCUUCUUUCCGGGCACCGAUUACCUCCAGGUUCGCUACUGGGAGCCCGUGAUCACCUCGGCCGCCGAAUCCGAGGAUACAAACCGCACCCAGGCCUUCACGGCCACCGGAUGUGACCCCUACGAUCUAUAUGGGAUGAUCAUUGGCGUCAACGCCACCAGUUCCGAUGCCUCAAAUGAUCCCGACUAUGCUGCUUCCGGUAUUGCCUUUGCCUGCGACAUUGCAUAUUACAAGGCCCAAGCCGGUGUCUCGAUGCACUCCAAUAGCUCCAUCGAAGCCCUCACCAUCAAACCCGCCACCACCCAGAUACUGACUAGCACGGAGCUGAACAUCGACCACUUCCAAGCCCUACUCUCCCAAUGGGCCCCCUAUACUAGCGAUAUGCUCUUCAUUCGCGAAAAUACCACCACUGGUGGCCGCACGGUGACCGAAUUGCCGGUGAUUAGCCAAGAACUCGGUGACCUUCAACCACUUCUUGUCCUCGACACCUCCACCAUUAUGACCAAAGCCGAAUUCGAAGCAAAAAUCACCCGUGAUGUGAAACAAACGUUCAUUCUGACUCUUGGUCGUCUUUUUGACCCCGACGUUUCCACCAUAAUCCCCGCCAGUCGCGUCACCAACCAAGUGGCCAUUGCCAUCGUCAACUUUGCCGCGCUAUGGUCAGAGCUCAUUUUGGCACUGGCCACCCUAACGGCUCUCUACCUGCUGUAUCUAUACCGCUCUCGGGAAACUUUCCUGCAAAGCGACCCUGGUUCCAUCGGUGCCAUGUGCAGCAUCGCAGCCGAUGUCUUCCAUCCGUCUAAUGUCUUGGCCGAGCCCAAUGCUGAAUUCCACCAAUUCUCAACCCGCCAGAUGCGUCGAAUCUUCAAAACAGCUCGUUGCCAUUGGCGGUCAGACCCAUCGGGAGACAAGUUGGAAAUUCUCGCAGAGGACGGCUCGCCGGUGCAGCUCGGGGAGAGCUUACGCGUCCACGUCGACCCAAUGCCCCACUUCCUAGUCAUCCCCUUCUUCAUUAUCGAAUUUUUGGCGUUAGCAGCGGUGAUCAUUCUCAUGGCGCUGGUGACGUCCUCGCUCGCUCGAGAUGGCCGAUUGCGACAUCUGAGCCAGUCCGACUCCAGCUCGCUCCAGGUGACUCUGUCCUUUCUGCCUUCCGUCGUGGCGUCCUGUGUGAGCUCUCUAUGCACCUCAAUCCACCGGAACCUCAGUGUUCUGGAGCCUUGGGUUCAUCUCCAGAGAGGGAAGGCCCCAGCGAAAGCAUCCCUAUCGCUCAAUUACUCUUCCCAGAGUCCGUUCGUCAUCUUCUUCAAAUCGAUCCGCGAUCGGCAUGUCCUGCUUGGCCUGGUUUCCCUGGCUUGUGUGGUCAAUAUGGUUCUGACGGUCGUGGCGGGUGGCUUGUUUACGCAAGAACUCAACUCUUCCUCUAUGCCGACGCAGGACUUAACCAUGAACUACAGCCAAUCCGUGUUCUUGCGGACCGACUUUGCGGCAGAGUUCACUGAAUAUGAUUUGAUUCAGACGAGCAUUACUAGCGGGGUCCCUAUGCUGUCCUGGACGAGUCCUAACCAGUCGUUUAUCCCGCUCCAUAUUCACAACCGUAACCCGGAGGUGCUGUAUGGCGCCACCACACUCGGUGUUGGGGCCCAUCUCCAGUGCAAAUCCCUCUCCCCUGCCGUGGGCCUGGUUCAGAAUGCAACAUCUGGUCAUGAAUACUGGCGCUAUACUAUGUUCGACAACGCCUCACACGAGUGCAUCGCGGCCAUGCCGGACUUGAAGAGUAAAGAUGAAGGGAUUGCGCUGUCGAUUCACUUUCUGUCCCCCAGUGAUAGUAACCAGUCGGAGGUCUGUCAAACUUCGAGCGUUCUUGUCGUUGGCCGCUGGCACUACAAGGCAAACACUGCGAUCACCGAAAACAACACGGUCGCCGUGCAUUGUGAGCCUCAUGUUCGGAUGCAGAAUUACUCUCUUUUGUUCGACCAAAAGGGCCAGAUCGACGACCAGAACCCCAUUGCGAACACCUCGAUCACCGCAGGCGAAAUCUACGACAAUGCGACAGUCAGCUUGGGCCAGUUUAACAAAGUAUUUGCCGCCAUCCCUGAGAGUUAUGUGGGCAAUACCACAACUCGGAACGGAACCUACAACAUCUCUUCCUACGACUGGGCCGGUUUUCUCGUGGCACGUUUAUACCAGCAAUAUGAUCCAGAUUUCGAUUCUCUGGAUGUUGAGCGCCUAACAGACCUAACCCAGGUAGUGUACAAGUGGGUCUAUGCCACCUACUUUUCCAUAUGGAACGAAAUCUACCUGGAACCUCUAGAGCACCCACUUUCAGCGACCAAUGCUACUGUCAUCCAGAGCACUUGGGGCAUGGUGCCAUCCGUGCCAUCACUGACCAUGGCCUUGAUCAUCAUCGUGUUUGACACGCUCGUUGUGUUGGUGGUUUUUGGCACCCGCCGAGGCCGAUUCCGAGGCCCGCGGAUGCCCCGCUCCCUUGGCGCAAUCAUUCCCUGGAUCGCACACAGCCGCAUGCUUGGCGAUUUCAACGAUACCCACAAAUGGACUAGCACCCAGCGUCGGGAUCAUCUCUCAUCCUUGGACAAACGCUACGGCUUCCGGCACUUCAUGGGCCCAGACGGCCGCUGGCGGUUUGCCGUGGAUGAAGAGCCUCCUGACGUCAAGUCUCCUACUGAAAACCCGCAACCUGGCCCUCCCCAGAACGACGCUGAAGGAGAGGCCAACAAAAGCACGUCGAUACAACUGCAGGAACUGUCAGGACUGCAGCCUCGGACGAGGAACUAA